AUGUGGUCAAUCGUUGCUUUUGAUGCAGACAACACUGUAGAAGUUGUACCAUCAAAUUGGUUUCAUAAUAAUGUAUGUGCAUGGCCCAAAAAAAAUUUGAGAUCAUACAUUGACAAUCAAGUAUCACCAAAUGAAAAAUGUUUUCGUUAUUUAAAUGCUCGCAAAUUAGGAAAAAAUUUAAUUAGUUAUAAAAUUGCCGAGGAAAAGGCCAAUCUGGGUAAACAGACAUCUGAUUUGUCAACAAAUGAAUCUUCUCAAAAACAUUUUGAUACAAAUAAACUGAAAUUAAAAAGAAAGAUAUCUCUUGAAAAAGUAACUAAAGAUAAUAAAGGUUUAUGGAGCCCAGAUUCUGGUGAUAUUUUUGAUGAUAGCGAUGUUGAUCCUCUAUACUCACCGCCAGUAUUGAAGAAUAAUGUCCAAGGUGAAUUGUCAUCACCAAAACAUCCUUCAGCAAGCUUACCAGUAUUGGCUAGAAAAAAGUUAGACAUUGACAUUUGUUCUUCAGGUGGUCCAAACAAGAUAAAAAAACUAAAAACCGUGGCUGGUAAUUCAGUGUCUCAUAAUAAGCCAUUAUCAACAGAAUCACCAGGUAUUUCAUAUUAUUAUAGUGAUCCUAGAAAAAGGGUUUGCUUAUCAGUAAGUCCCAGUACAUCAAACAAAAUACAGGAAUUUAAAAAUGCUGAUCAAAGUAAAGCAACACCCGAUAGUAUAAAACAUACUGAAAUUAUCAGUACAUCAUCGUCACCAUUUAAGGUCACUCGUCAUGAUGAAAAUUAUAUAGCAAGUACUUCUCAAACUACUCAAAACAAGAAGAUGAAUAAUAGUAGUGAUACCAUUGAAAAAAUGAACCGUAACGUCUUGAGUUUGAAGUAUGAAAUUAGAUCUCUGCACGAAAAAGUUGACAAACUUGAUGAAAUAAUUAGAAACUUCACAGAAAACAACAAUGUUGGAUAUAACAGAGAUGUCGGUAGUUUUGAAGCAGAUUCAUUUCAAACAUUGUUAAGCAGUGAUUUUCCUUUAGAAGAUGAAAAUGCUCUUCAAUCAUUCGAAAAUAAGCUAUUAGACAAUAGUUUUAGGUUGCAAAUGGUUACCGAACUUAGCCGUUAUGUGCGAAAUACGUUGCCAAGCACCAUUCGGUCCAUAAUGCGUUUCCUGUUCAAAGAUUCAUUACUUCAAGAAUACAGUUAUAAGGGCCAAAAAAAGAAAAAAGUGUUUUCAACACUUGGAGUUACCUCCUCUAUUAUAUUUGAUGCUGUGAAAAACAUGAAGCGUUAUCAUAAGUAUGACAAAAUUGAUGUGGAACAACCUAUGAAAAUUUUUAUUGCUGGUGCAAAAUUUAGGGACAAUAAUAAGACUUCAGAAUAA